ACAACUAAACUGGCAGCAUCAUGGUUGAUUAUCCCGAUAUUAUUAACUUUACACGAGAUGAACUGUUGGAGGAAUUUUGUAAACUCUUCGAUCGCUAUCAAGAUCUAAAGGAAUCGAACGAAGCCGAUACACAAAAAAUACACGAACUCAAGCGAUCAUUAGAUACAGCGGUUGCAGCCCAAGCCUACCUGUCACAAGAGCUGGAACAAUACACGAGCAGUGAAAAUUGUCAAGAUGAUGCGAAUGAAUUGCAAAAGACCCUAUCGGAAUUGGCGGAGUUGCGAAAGCGUUAUAGCAAAUUGGAGCUGUCCUAUAAUACACUGCAACAGGAUCAUAAUGCAUUGCUCGAGGAAAAUGCAAUGCUAACCAAGACCGUGGAAGAGUUGAAUAAACGUAAAGAAAGCGAACCUGCGGUUGUGGAGAGUAAAUCCUCCGAGGAAGAUUUGCAGCGUAUCCAAAUGUUGGAAACGGAAAAUAUGGAUUUGCUCGAGAAAAUGGAAGAUUUUCAAGAGCAAACUGUACGAUAUACGCUAACGAUUGCCGAGUAUGAGAAAAAUAUUGAAAUUUUACGUGAUCAAAUCAAUUGCCUGGAGGAAAAUCUACAAUCGAAAAAGGCCGACCUUGAUGAAAAGGUUCAAAUCCUGGAAAGUACUCAAGAACAAUUGGCCGAAGCCAAUGCCCAAAUUGCAAUGUUAUCGGCUGCUCCGGAAAAUAAUGAUCGCAAAGGAAAUUCCUUAUUUGCCGAAGUGGAUGAUCAACGCCAGGUCAUGAAACAAUUACUGAAUUCCCAAAAGAAAAGCUACAUGCAAAUGAAAAAGAUUUACAAUGAGAGUGAACACGAGAUUCGCCGUUUGAAACGUGAAAAUAUUGCCAUGCACACAGAGCUGGAGGCAUGCAGUGCAAUAUUCUGCAAUGCUGAUAAAGUGUAUCAAGAAAAACUCAAUGAACGCGUACGCAGCCUGCUUAGCCAAAAUGAAGAGCUUGAACGUAAAUUGAAAUGGAAUCAAGAGCGUCUGAAUGAUUUGGCCAAGGAAAAGGGUGUUCUCUGGCUUGAUUCAAUGCUCAGUUAUUGCAAAAAGGAGACGGAAGAUUUCAAACGGCAGCUACAUAGUGUACGGCUACAAAAGGCGAAUUUGGAGGAGCAGCAACGAAAUUCUCAACAAGAUUUGGCUAGAUGGAGAUUUGAGGCCUUGAAAUCACGUUGUUUACUAUUGGAUCGUGAACAUCUAUUGACGGAGCAUAAAAUUGAUUUUAAACCCGUGCAUGCAUUUGAUUUUCACAUCACCGAAAAGGAACAAAGCGAUGCAAGGCCACGUAUUGUUAGUAGCCGUAGAAGUGCAACAUUUGAGAAUCUCAAUCGUAAAUCAAUGACACCACAAAAAAAGGAGGCCACAAUCAAAGAUGAGAAUGAUAAUUCCUUGGAACCACCAACACAGACGCCUACAUCUAUUAAAAAGGGAAUUAAAGAAGAAGAGAUUUCGGAAGUUAAAGAAGAGAUUGAUGAAAAACCAAUAAUCGUUGAUAAUAAAUUAUUAGAAGAUAAGGAAAAUGUGAAACCAACCUCGAUGUCCGAAAAUGCCUUGCAACCUUCCGCAAAAUCAUCCGUCUCUCCCACUAAAAAAAGUCCUUUGGGAAAAUCUACAUCAUCAUCUUCGUCGACGUCAUGUUUAGUUACGGAAAUCACAAGUACCCCACCGGCCCGUUCCAUACUCACCAAACAACGUGAUUUAUUCUCCAAAGAACCAUCGAAAAUUGUUAAAUUCUCCUCCAAAGAAGAUUUGGUGCAUAGUUUUACUCCCCAAACACCAUCACCAAAUGAAUUGCUCACAGCCGGAUUAACUCCAGUAGCCGCUGCCAAGACAGAUGAUAAUAAAUCUUCGUCAUCAUCGACAUCAUUUGCCACAACUCCAGCUGUCAAAAAGAACACCACCAGCAAAGCUGUUGUCAAUCAAACUCGUGCAAAAUCAAAUAUUGUCGUACGUCAUGUUUUUGUAGGUUCUAAGCAUGACAAAUGA